AUGUCACACGGCGUACGACUUGUGUCGUUUUUGAUUUUCUUAAUUGUCGUUUUUGAGUUUGAAGUGGUUCAGGGUAAUCCUUUACCUGCCACAACAUUAGAUCCUGAAGAAUCGGCUGGUUUUGUUGAGGGUGAUAUGGUGCUAAGUGAUACACAAUUGCGAUUAAUUAAGGGCUCUUCAAAAGUGCAAGGUCGCAAUGGACUAAUCGAUGAAAAUAAACGCUGGCCCGAUGCAAUUGUUUAUUAUAAAAUUGUUGGAGAUUUUGAUUUGGCUCAUCGCAAUGCAAUUUUAGAUGGUAUUUCCACACUGGAAUCCCGCACCUGCAUACGUUUUCGUGAAGCCGAUAGCUCCCAGAAACAUUACGUGGCCAUAACAUCACAAUCUGGUGGUUGCUUCACAGCUGUCGGUUACCAACGGAAAGUUCAACAAAUGAAUUUACAAAUCUUUCCACUGGGCGAGGGGUGUUUCCGCACCGGAACAAUAUUACACGAAUUUAUGCAUGCCUUGGGUUUCUAUCAUCAACAAAGUGAUUCGCAGCGCGACGAUUAUAUUCGUGUAGUCUAUGAAAAUAUUGUACCGGGAAAAGAAUUUAAUUUCGAUAAAUAUAGCAGUUCGUUGGUAACGGAUUUUGAUGUUGGCUAUGACUAUGACAGUUGUCUGCAUUAUCGUCCUGGUGCCUUUUCACAAAAUGGUGAAGAUACAAUUGUUCCGUUGGAUCCCAAAGCGAAGAUUGGUCAACGAGUCAGUUUGAGUGAAAAGGAUGUGAAGAAAAUCAAUAUUAUGUACAAGUGUCCAAUAAAAAUAUGA